ACUUCCGGUGUAGAGUUCAGAAAAUAUUGACGGUGACCACAUGCCUGUUGGAGUAGUGGCGCCGCAAUUCUGAAUUACAAGUAUUAAAACCUUUCAAACUGCAACCACUCCAAAGCCCGAACAAUGAAGGACACACCGCUGGCGAACUGUGAGCGGGACUUUUUGCUCAAAGCCAUCGAAGAGAAAAAGCGGCUGGACGGCCGACAGACGUAUGACUACAGAAAGAUGAAGAUCACGUUUGGGACUGACUACGGAUGCUGCUUUGUGGAGCUGGGGAAAACCAGGGUCAUGGCCCAGGUGUCGUGUGAGCUGGUGGCUCCUAAAGAGAGUCGACCCAACGAGGGAAUCAUGUUCUUCAACAUCGAGCUGUCACCCAUGGCCUCGCCAACGUUUGAACAGGGCAGGCAGUCUGAGUUGUCAGUGAAGCUAAACAGACAGCUGGAGAGAUGCUUGAGGAAUUCCAAGUGCAUUGAUACCGAGUCCCUGUGUGUGGUGUCUGGAGAAAAGGUGUGGCAGAUCAGAGUGGACGUACACAUGUUGAAUCAUGAUGGGAACCUGAUGGAUGCUGCCAGCAUUGCUGCCAUCACCGCUCUGUGCCACUUCAGGCGGCCUGAUGUCGGCAUCCAGGGAGACGAAGUCACCGUGUACAGUCCAGAGGAGAGGGACCCCAUUCCUCUGAGCAUAUACCACAUGCCCAUCAGUGUCAGCUUCUCCUUCUUCCAACAAGGAACCUACCUGCUGGUGGACCCCUGUGAGCGGGAGGAGCGGGUGAUGGAUGGCCUGCUGAUGAUCGCCAUGAACAAACACAGAGAGAUCUGCUCCAUCCAGUCCAGCGGGGGCAUCAUGUUGCUGAAAGAGCAGGUUAUGAGAUGCAGUAAAAUAGCCAGCGUCAAAGUGUCUGAAAUCACAGAACUCAUCAGCAAAGCCCUGGAGAACGACAAGAAAGCAAGGAAGGCGGGUGGUAGGUGUGGUUUUGCGGAGUCCAUGCCUCAAGAGCGAAUCACAGCCCUGAAAAUGGACGAGACUCCCGUGGAGAUGACGGAGGUGACGGACAGAGCCAACGACAUCGUUCAGAAAGCCGAGGCCCCGUCUCAGACGGUGCCUUCCCCUGUGGUGCCCGUCCCAGGUGUGGGUCAGGUUGGGCAGGGGCCUCAGAACACCUGGGGACUGGAAGAGGAGGACGAAGAGGAAGAGAGUGACAACAGUGGUGAAGACGAGGAAGUAAAAGAAACAAAGAUGGAAGUGGGGCAGCAUGAAAAAGAGGAGAGCAAACAAGAGGAUGUGGUCGAGAUAUCAGACAGUGAAGAAGAGGAAGUGGUCAUACUUCAUCCAGAGACACCAGACAAAGCUCCCAAGCAUACAGGACCCAGUUCCCAUCAGAAGGGGGCAGCAGCAUCAAAGAAAAAGCAGAAGAAAUGAAUGCAGGAUCCACUAGAGGUCCCUGCUGUCACAGACAUCUGCAGCUGUGCGCCUACAUGACUGAGAGUUUGGACUGAAGAGAGGUGACAGGACAGAGACGCUUACAAGUUUUGGAUUUACACUCUGUGAACAUGAAGUUUACUCCUGUUAAACUGUUUGGAAUCAUUUGUAUUCAUUUAAAAGCAGACUGCACCUACAGAUGUACAGAGAACGAAUUGUAACAUAGCUUUUCUAACAGUGAAAGAAUGUAAAAGUGAUGGGUGUGACAAAAUAAAAUAUUCUCAACCACCGUUGGAUAUUUAGCGGACAUUUGAACAUUUCAGUUUGCACGGUGGUAUAAAUUUGUAAGUAAAAAUGUGAUCUGUGGUGGUGAGAGUGAAUCUUAAAUAAAAAGAAAAUAUGUAAAUGUU